AAUAGUUACUACUAAUGUCACAUAAGGAAGUUGAAAACAAACCAAUACAUGGAAAUCCUCCAGACGAGUAAUUGGCUAAUGGACCUAUAGAAAACCGCUCAUGCCGUGACUUGAUCUGUUUCAUUUUAUUUGUUGCAGCAACUGUAGCAUUUGUUGUAAUAAUAUCGAUGGGAUUCAAUCAAGGGAAGCCUGAAAGACUGAGUUAUGCGUAAUAUCAAUAUUCUAACGUUAGAUAUGACCCUAAUGGCAGAGCGUGUGGACAUGAUGAUGGAGUUUUUAAUGCUCCUUACAUCUAUUUGGUUGCACCUUUGGUAGGGUAUCUAAAUAGAUCUGUUUGUGUUAGUCAAUGUCCCAAUUGGAAAGAAGGAGCAAAAUAACCAACUCGGUAAAACAAAAUUUGAAUUUUAGGUUAAAAUGUGUUGUAAAUAAAGUUAUAACAAACUGCUCAGAAAGGUAUUCAUACGAUGGAGUGAAUGAUAUAAGAGACUUCGAUGUAGACUUCUUGAUCAAUUCCAACAAUUAUGCCAAUGAGCCAUCAGUUGAUAAAUUAUUUAACUACUCAACAUUUAUCUACAAUUCAACUAGUGUUUUGAAUAGAUUGUGUAUACCAUCAGGGGAUGAAUACGUUAGCAAGAUCUAUGGAAAUAUGGAUGAUAUCGCCUCUGUUUAAGUGUAAUCUAUAUAUAUAUUUAAAGAUUUUAAUAGUGGGUGGCUGAUAUAAGAUUGACAUAUAAAAUUCUCUUUGCAUCAGUGGGAAUAGCAUUUGCGAUUGGACUGUUUUAUAUGUUGGUCAUGAGAUAUUGUGCAGGUACAUUGACUUGGACAGCCAUAUUUUUGUAUUUUGUUUGUAUUGUGCUUUUCAUCAUUUAUCUAAACGAUAAGGCUAAUGCUUAGUAAAUUACUUUGUAUUUACAAUUUUAAUAGCAAGACUCGAGCAGCCCUCAAUACAGCUAAAGGCAUAGCGGAUGUUGAUAAUCAAGACUUGUAGACCUAUUAUGGGUUGAAAGGCUCCAUGAUUGGAAUGUGUAUAAUAGGAGGGUUGUCGUUGUUAGGAUUGUUGUGUUACUUUAAUCGAAUCAGAAUGGCCAUUGCAGUUAUAAAGACAGCUGCAUUGUUUGUGAUGGAAGUGCCUUCAGUUAUGUUGGUUCCUCCAAUAUUUUCCAUUUUGGUAAUGGGAUAUUGGGGAUUGUGGAUAAUUUCUUUUUUUUAUAUCUAUUCAAUGGGAGACAUCAAAGGAAGCAGCGAUACCCCCUUGGCUACAGUUGAAUGGAAUGAUAACAUCAGGUACUACUUGAUUUACCAUCUAUUUUACGGAUUAUGGUCUAAUGCUCUUCUAUAGGCGUUCUCCUAAUUUAUUUUGGCAUCCUCUGCAUGUCUGUGGUAUUAGAUAGUUACAAUAUUUAGGUUUUACUAGCAUAGUGAUGGGUAGUUAAUUCAUUUUUAUGUUUUGGAGUCUGUUAAAAGGUCUAUUAUUUAUCAUUUUGGCUCAUUGAUUUUUGGGGCAUUAUUAUUGGCCAUAGUUCAAUUCAUCAGGUUUUGGUUGGAAUAUAUCAAUUAUUAAAUGAAACAAUUUUAGGGUGAUCCUAAACAACCCGUAAAAUGCUUUAUAGACUGUUUAAGAUGUUAUGCAUCUUGUUUUGAAAGGUUUGUGUCUUUCAUUAAUAAAAAUGCCUUUAUUUAGAUCGCUUUAACAGGGGAGAGCUUUAUUACUGCAGCCAAGAAUGGAUUUUACUUAGCCUGGAAUAAUGCAGGCUAGUUUGCUGUCACAUCUGGAAUAGGAAGUGUGUUUUGCAAUCUUUGCAAAUUAUUUAUUGCAUUUUCCACAACAUUUUUAUGCUACAUGAUUAUAACAACAUCUGAUGCUUAUAAAGAUGAACUCAAUUCUCCUAUUGUGCCUACAUUAUUAUUCUUUAUUAUUUCAUAUGUAAUAGGAGAUCUUUUCAUGUCAGUUUAUGGAAUGGCAAUUGAUGCAAUUUUAUAGUGUUCAAUUACUGAAUUAGAAUUGGUUAAAGCAAAACCUGGUUUAUUGUAGAAAAAGAGAGCUCCUUAACCUAUCUAAGACUUUUUGGAAGAGCAUAAAAAAUGA